AUGGCGGCGACUGGAGGAAAGGAGCGUAGACGUUUGUCUGGUGAUCGUGAGCUACAGGCGGUUGGCAACAACUGGACUGUGAAUGGUCAGAGGUCAGGAAAUGACGGAUCAGGAAGUGAGGAUGGGGAGAUGGAUGUUGGACGCGGGACUUCUGAGUCUGCUUGUGGUUCCACAGUCCCUUACCUGGCCUCACCGGCCCUGACACAAACUGCAGUAAAAUCUAAACUUAAACAGUGUCUUGAGCUCAAUAUGAACAAAGCCAGGAGAACCGAGGGAGACCGCAACAGAGCAUUGCUGGUGUCUGCUAUAAAGUUUUACCCUGGAGUAGACCUGUCCAGUCGGCCAGGAGCUGCUCAAGAUACCAAGCGGCUCCACAGAGUGCUCAGCCGACUUGGCUUUAAAGUGGAAUUUCACAAUGACCUAACAGCAGAGGAGAUCUACACUUUAUUCAAAGCAGAGAGCAGUAAGCCUGUUGACAACUGUUUCAUUGGCAUUAUUUCAACUCAUGGAGAGGAAGGCGUGGUGUUUGGGGCAGAUGGCAAUCGCGUGAUACUCUCACAGAUCUCUGGAUUUUUUGAUAACCCCACCAUGGUUGAUGAGACAAAGCUUUUUUUUGUGCAGGCAUGUCGAGGUCAUGAGUUAGACAGUGGAGUCGAAAUAGAGACGGACUCAGCCUCUGUUUCAGAUGAAGAUGAUAAUCUCUCAGACUGUCUCUCCAUUCCUAUCAACACAGCUGUCAUGUAUGCAACAGCUCCAGGUUACAGUGCCUUUAGGAAACGAUCAGGCUCAGUCUUCAUCCAGACUCUCUGCGAACUUCUGGAAAAGGACGGAGGUUGUGACCUGGAGAUAACUCGUCUCAUGACGCGGCUGAAUUACCAGAUCGCUUACCACUUCCAGGCAAGUGGAGGUGACCUGGAAGGGAAGAAAGAGACGCCAUGCUUUGCUACUCGCCUCACCAAAGAGGUGUACCCCUUCAGAGACUGA